CCCUCCCCUCUCUCGCCAGUCUGUGCAUGAACGCGUUACCGUGCGGACGUACGUUAAAUCGUCGUCCGAAACCGUCGCAAACGUGCGUCACAUGUGAUCAGUGUUCUCUUUUGGAUAUAUAAUUUAAUUUUUUUAUCGAGUUUUACCAUGAGACGGUGCAAAAUUCGUGGCGGCUGUGCUUCAUUUUAACUGCGAGUUUUCGCGCUACCGUGAAUAUUAUUUUUUUGGCCGAAGUCUAUGCCUUGCGCUUAAACAUGUAUUUUAGUUUUGUAUCUGUGAUUUUUGUGAUUUGUGGUCUGUGUCAUGCCAACAGUGGCGAUACUGAAGUUCUAAUGGAUAACACAACUAAAGCAGAGGAUAUACGGUGUUUUUGUGAUCUGCCAUCCUGUAUAACAGGCGGUUAUAUGUGCAAAUCCGCGGGGCUCGGCUGCUUCACGGAAAGUGAUCAAUCUUUCAAUCGUGAAAAAGCGCGCCGAGGUUGCCUGGAUACUCUGCCGAAUAAACAGCAAGCGUGUCAAAAUGUGCCUCGCGACAAUGAGCCGCAACUCAAGACUUUAGUAUUGUGUUGUGCGUCGGAUUUGUGUAACCACCCCGAUACACCAAACAAAUCAAACGAAUCGUCACCCUCUACCUCUAUAUCAGGAGGAGCCGUGGUUCGAGACCCGCUGGAGAAGCUGGUGAUGGGAGCCGGAGUGCUGAACCCCGGUGCAGGGUACGGGGUCGGAGCCGGAGUGGGAGGCGGGGGCGUGGAUCCCCGGAUCUCGACGCACCGGCCGAUCAGCUACUACACGACGAACGAGAUCUGGUUCCGGGCGGCCACCAUCGUCAUCCCCAUCUUCGGCGCCCUCUUCAUCUUCGCCCUCAUCGUCCUCGGCGUCAAAAUCCUCCGCUCCGAGUCCCUCGAUCCCAGCGGCUCUGCCACCAAGCUCAAGCACAGCAAACAUGACCGGUUUCCACCCAAUCUCAAUUCAAGUACCACGCAGAUCAUCCACCACUUCCAGGAUUUGACUUCAAACAAGAAAAUGCCAUUGUUGGAGCCCCAUCCGCAACUUCACCAGCAACAGCAAACUUCAGAAAAUAAUUCCGUUUCCGGAUUUUCUCCCGUGAAAAACAUUGAAAAUACCAAUAACAACCUCCUUAGUAAUAGUAUUUUAAAUACAAAAAAUGAAAAUUAUGCCAAAAUCAAUAAUAUUGAUGGCAGUAGUGGAAUUCUCACUGAGAUAUUAGUUAAUAACAACAACAAUAACAAUAACAAUUUUAGUAUUAAUCGAUUAAGUUCUGGCUACAAAAUAUUUGAUAUCCAGAAGCAAACAAAUCCUUUGCUGAAUUAUAAUCUAUUCUUAUCAGAUUUAGAAGAGUCAAAUUCUUUAUUGCAAGAACCGAAUCAUUUUAAUGCUCCUAUUGCAACUUCAGAGAGCAAUAAAGUUUUGUAUAAGAAGGCCAUUGAUUGUAAUUGGUCUGAAAAGCUGUAGCUUUUGUUUGCAAUUGUUGUUUUUGUUUUUUGUACAUAAGUAAUUCAUUGUCUAGUCAUUUCGUGUCGCUUUAAUUUGAAGCCUUUCCAUUGUGUAUUCCAUCAGUACCUAUCAUUAUUUCUAAUGUUCUCUCGGUUUUUCAAGCAUCUACACCUCAUAUUUUGCUUUUCUUACAGGUUUCAAUUUUAAUAUUGAUAAGUUAAGGUGAAAACUGCUUUUGUGAAGCACGUUAAUCAUUUUAGUCUCCCAGUUAGUCAUUACCCUUGUAUGCGACGAAUAACAAAGGCGAAAUUCUCAAACCACUUAUCUCGUUUGCAGUGUUUUAAAAUCUCCGCUUUUUAUUUUUUUCAAGGAGAACAAAUCAACAUUAUACCUUGAAGUUUUUUUUUAGAAUUUUCUUCUCAUAGAGAUAUGAAAUCACGGGUGUUGUUCAGCAUUUACGGCGAGUUGUUUUCCAUUUGAAUCGGGACGUGCGAAAACCGCUAACGUCCAUUUUUCCAGUCUUCAGUUUUUUUAAGUUGAUCAUACUUUUAAAGAGUUGACACAACCAAAAAAGUGAUGAAAAGACUCGUUUUGGAAUGAAGGUAACCCGGAGGUGAGUAUUCACGCCACUUACCUGUUUGCAUCCAACUCUAAGAAGUAUUAUCAACUCAAAAAAACUGAAGACUGGAAGAAUAGACAUUAGCGGUUUUCGCACGUCCAGAUUCAGUUCAAAAUAAAUUAUGACAGGAAGUCUGCAACAUCGCAAACCGAGAUACGUGGUUUGGAACUUGGGGAGUUCCACUGUCGAUAACUUUUUGAGAUUGGUGGAUCUUUGAAAACAGGACUUUACUCGCGAAAGCAUCCUAGCGAACACCAAACUUUACCUCGACAGAACUCUUAACUCAUCGUCAUCGACAAAGGGCACUCCGUGUUCCUUAGAGCUCUGUUAGCACUAACGCUCUCCCGACGUAGUGCCAGCGGACAGCGUUAGGCGUUAAGGACCGAGUGGCAUGGACCUAGAAUGGAGACAAAUUGAUUCCAAGUUUCACCUCUUUUCGCAGUUCAAUAUGAAGAACAAACUCUAAGUCUAAUUUGCACCAACUAUAAAAGUGUAUUGUUCGUGGUCUUUCGUCAGGAGGAAUGAUGCCUGUAGACAAGAUUGCUUCUCUAUUUUUUCUAAGAUAUCGCCUUGCUUCUUUCCGCGAAACGCUGGGCAAGUCGUGUUCUUCCAUUCUCUCCUCGCCACUGAUAGAGGACUGCCUUCCUAUCUACAAAUUCUGCUACAAUUUGAGACGGAACCCUUUAUGUGCCCAAUUUCUAAAAGAGUAUUAACGGGCAAUAACCAAAUGAAUAUCCAAGUUGAUUCUUGUAGCAGCUUAGUACAUUUACAAUUAGCUCCCAAUUGUUCCUGCCCGUUCUGGUGUUUUCUUAUUUCCAGAAGGUAAGCAGCUCUGUAGAUGGACUCAUUUUUCGCCAGAAA